AUGGCCCUUUAUUGCUGGAUUUGGUCAGCAUGUUUCUCAUCAUUGUGCCUCUUCUCUAUUCUUCAUCUCUUGUUCUUCAACUUGGCAGCAGCAGCCACUGCCAUCCAUGGGAACAACGAAACAGAUCGAGUUGCACUGCUGGAACUCAAGGGCAAAAUAAUUGAUGGCCCAUCUGGGGUGAUGAGUUCAUGGAAUCGCAGUCUUCACUUCUGCAGAUGGUAUGGCGUUACCUGUGGGCGUAGACACCAAAGAGUCACAAUAUUAGACCUAAACUCUUUUCAACUUUCAGGUUCCAUCUCAUCCCAUGUUGGCAAUUUGAGCUUCUUAAGAGAGUUGGACCUUUCAAACAAUAGCUUCACCCAUGAGAUCCCUCCCCAGAUUGGCCACUUACGUAGACUGCAAGUUUUGUCUCUUUAUAACAAUUCAUUUGAUGGUCAGAUUCCUCCCACCAUAUCUAACUGUUCAAACCUUGCUUUCUUUUAUUUGGAUAACAACAAUCUUGCAGGGGAAAUUCCUGUGGAGCUUGGUUCCUUAGUGAAGCUGAAAUCCAUCUAUUUACAGCGUAAUAAUUUCAUAGGGACUCUCCCACCAUCUUUCGGGAAUCUAUCAUCCCUUGACAUCCUCGGUGCAUAUCAAAAUCAAUUGAAUGGAAAUCUCCCAGAAUCUUUAGGCCAAUUGAAGAGUCUAAGGAUUUUAUCAAUCUUUGAAAAUGAAUUUUCGGGUACUAUUGCUCCUUCCAUCUUCAAUCUUUCAUCAAUUGAGGGUUUAGACCUGUCAUCUAACCACUUCCAAGGGAAUCUUCCUAUGGACAUUGGAAACUCUCUUCCGAAACUCCAACAUUUUUCUGUUGCUGUUAACCAAUUCACUGGCAUCAUUCCAACUUCAAUUUCUAAUGCGUCAAAUCUAGAAUUGCUUGAUCUACUCGUAAAUAAUCUCACCGGAAGAGUGCCUUCUCUUGACAAGUUACAUAGGCUUUCAGAAUUUAUGAUUUCUGUCAACAAUUUAGGAAGUGGGAAAGCUGAUGACUUGACAUUUCUUUCCACCUUAAUGAACGCCACAGCUUUACAAUUGCUAGGGAUAGGCAACAACAACUUUGGUGGGGAACUUCCUGAACAAAUCGCCAACUUUUCAAAAGAGCUCAACAUAUUUGUCAUACAAAAUAAUCAAAUAUCUGGAAACAUCCCAGUUGGAAUAGAGGUUUUGGUUAACUUGGAAGUUCUCUAUGCAGAUGGUAACAAACUUUCAGGUAAUAUUCCAUCAGGCAUUGGACAGCUUCAAAAUCUAAAAUUACUUUCUCUUGGAAAUAAUAAUUUAUCAGGAUAUAUUCCAUCAUCUCUGGGAAACCUGACAAAUUUACUUGAAAUUUUUUUGUAUAACAAUAGUCUUCAAGGUACCAUCCCUUCCAGUCUAGGCAAGUGGAAAAAAUUGCUCAAACUAGAUUUUUCUACAAACAAUCUUAGUGGUCCCAUACCCCCAGAACUUUUUGGACUUUCCUCCUUGUCAAAACUUCUUUCUCUGUCUGUGAAUCAUUUGUCUGGCUCCAUUCCAGAAGAAGUACAAAAUUUGAAAAAUCUAGGAAUCCUUGACCUUCAAGACAACAAGUUGUCAGGAGAGAUUCCUAGUGGUCUUGGCAGUUGUACAGAUCUAGAAUUGUUAUUCAUGGGUUCCAACUUGUUCCAGGGGUCCAUUCCUUCCUCUUUUGCUUCGUUAAGAGGCAUUAGGGAGUUAAAUAUUUCUCAUAAUAAUUUGUCAGGCAAGAUUCCAGAGUUUCUGAAGGGCUUCAACUCAUUACAGCUUUUGGAUUUAUCUUAUAAUGAUUUUGACGGCAUGGUACCAGUGGAAGGAGUUUUCAAGAAUUUUAGUGCUACCUUUGUGGGGGGAAACAAAAAUCUAUGUGGUGGCAUACCUAAUUUUGGGCUACCUGAAUGCAAAUUUGAACAAUCAAAGAGGAGACCAACUACAAAACUAAAGAUCAUAAUCUCUGCUAUUUGUGUGGUUACAAGUAUUACAUUUUUUCUAAUUGCUUUGCUUCUUUGGCAUCUUUCAAAAAGGAGGAAAGGAGAAGCUACGUCACUAUUUGAUGGGAAUUCACUAUUGAAGUUGUCUUAUCAAAGUUUGCUAAAAUCCACUAAUGGAUUCUCUUCAGAUAAUUUGAUUGGUGUUGGUAGCUUUGGAUCUGUAUAUAAAGGGAUUCUUGAUCAAGAAGGGAUGAUAAUUGCAGUUAAGGUGCUUAACCUGAUGCGUCGAGGAGCUUCAAAGACUUUUAUUGCCGAAUGUGAAGCCUUACGAAAUAUCAGGCAUCGAAAUCUUGUCAAAGUUAUCACAGCUUGUUCAGGAGUUGAUUAUCAAGGCAAUGAUUUCAAAGCAUUGGUUUACAAUUUCAUGGUCAAUGGAAGCUUAGAAGACUGGUUGCAUCCAAUUCUUGGAUUAGAAGAGGUGCCAAGAUCUUUAAAUAUUGUCCAAAGAUUGAGUAUUGCUAUUGAUAUUGCUUGUGCACUUGAGUAUCUACACAACCAAUGCGGAACACCAAUUGUUCAUUGUGAUCUAAAGCCAAGUAAUAUCCUUCUUGAUGAAGAAAUGGUCGGACAUGUAAGUGAUUUUGGGUUAGUGAAGUUCCUUUCAAGUGGGAUGCUUGACAACUCAACAAAUCAUUCUAGUUCACUUGGAAUCAGAGGAACUGUUGGUUAUUGUCCUCCAGAGUAUGGUGUGGGAAGUGAAGUAUCAACGCAUGGUGACGUGUUUAGUUUUGGUACACUCUUAUUGGAGAUGUUCACAGGAAAAAAGCCGAUUGAUGACAUAUUUCAAAAUAAUUUGAGUCUUCAUAGUUUUGUCAAAAGAGGUUUGUCCGAACAAGUGAAAGAAAUAGUAGAUUCCAAACUUUUUCAUAUGCAACUCAAUGGUGACGCAACAUCAAAUCAUAAUCACAAUUUCAGAAAUGGGAGAAAUAACAUAUUGAUUGAAUGCUUGACUUCAACAUUAGAAAUUGGAAUGUGUUGUUCUAUAGAAUCACCACAAGAGCGCAUGAAUAUCAGUGAUGUCGUUGCUCAGCUCACUUCCAUUAGAAACAAACUUGUUGGAACUCGAUUACCAAGGGGUAGAGAAACCUCAGUUUAG